GUAGUCCUGUGUCUGAUGUCCUCUUCCCCUCCUUCCCCGCUUGCUCACGCUGGCCCCCAGGUCGUAAUAUUUUUCAAGACUAUGCAAGCGGCGCGAUGCCCGACAGACGAGCUGUCGUUGACCAACUGUGCCGUGGUGAGCGAGAAGGACCUGCAGUCUGGACAACACGUGACUGUCAAGACCACGCCCGCCCACAAGUUUGUCUUCACCGUCAAGAGUCACCACAGCGUGGUGCCAGGAACCAUCGCGUUCAGCCUGCCGCAGAGGAAGUGGGCCGGCCUCUCCAUUGGGCAGGAAGUGGAAGUGGCCAAUUACAACUUUGAUAAGUCCAAGCAGUGCGUGGGCGCCAUUACCGUGGAGAUCGACUUCCUGCAGAAGAAGAGCACGGACAGCAGCCCCUACGACUCGGACAAAAUGGCCAGCGAGUUCAUCCAGCAGUUUAACAACCAGGGCUUCUCCGUGGGCCAGCAGCUGGUCUUCAGUUUCUGCGACAAGCUCUUUGGCCUGAUGAUAAAGGACGUCGAGGCCAUGGACCCAAGCAUCCUGAAGGGGGAGCCAGCGUCCGGCAAGAAGCAGAAGAUUGAGGUUGGUCUGCUGGUGGGAAACAGUCAGGUGAUUUUUGAGAAAGCAGAAAGCUCUUCUCUUACCCUGGUCGGAAAGGCCAAGGCCAGGGAGUCCCGGCAGACCAUCAUCAACCCCGACUGGAACUUUGAGCGCAUGGGCAUCGGCGGCCUGGACAAGGAGUUCUCCGACAUCUUCCGCCGAGCCUUCGCUUCCCGCGUCUUCCCCCCGGACAUCGUGGAGCAGAUGGGCUGUAAGCACGUGAAGGGCAUCCUGCUCUUCGGCCCCCCAGGCUGUGGUAAGACCCUCAUGGCCCGUCAGAUCGGAAAGAUGCUCAACGCCCGCGAGCCCAAGAUCGUCAACGGGCCCGAGAUCCUCAACAAGUACGUGGGCGAGUCCGAGGCCAACAUCCGCAAGCUCUUCGCCGACGCCGAAGAAGAGCAGAAGCGGCUGGGGGCCAACAGCGGCCUGCACAUCAUCAUCUUCGACGAGCUGGACGCCAUCUGCAAGCAGCGGGGGAGCGCGGCCGGCAGCACCGGCGUCCACGACACUGUGGUCAACCAGCUGCUCUCCAAGAUCGACGGCGUGGAGCAGCUCAACAACAUCCUGGUCAUCGGAAUGACCAACAGGCCUGACCUGAUCGAUGAUGCUCUGAUGAGGCCUGGCCGGUUCGAGGUGAAGAUGGAGAUCGGGCUUCCGGAUGAGAAGGGCCGCUUGCAGAUCUUGAUCAUCCACACGGCCAAGAUGCGGGAGUUCAACCUGCUGUCAGGCGACGUGGACCUGCCCGAGCUGGCCACCGAGACCAAGAACUACAGCGGCGCGGAGCUGGAGGGGCUGGUCAGGGCCGCCCAGUCCACCGCCAUGAACCGCCACAUCAAGGCGAGCACCACGGUGGAGGUGGAUAUGGAGAAGGCCGAGAAGCUGCAGGUCCAUCGAGCGGACUUCAUGGGCUCCCUCAACAACGACAUCAAGCCUGCCUUUGGAACGAACCAGGAGGACUACGCCAGCUACAUCAUGAACGGAAUCAUCAAGUGGGCGCGUGACCGGUGUGGACACGCGAUGGUAGCGCAGACGGACGGCGCUAUGUCACGCAUGUGCGGGCGUCUGUCCACCUCAGGUCCCCCCCACAGCGGCAAGACUGCCCUGGCCGCCAAGAUCUCGGAGGACUCCGAGUUCCCCUUCAUCAAGAUCUGUUCUCCGGACAAGAUGAUCGGCUUCUCAGAAAUCUCCAAGUGCCAGGCCAUCAAAAAGGUGUUUGACGAUGCUUACAAGUCCCAGCUGAGCUGCGUGGUGGUGGAUGACAUCGAGCGUCUGCUGGAUUACGUCCCAAUCGGGCCUCGCUUCUCCAACCUGGUGCUGCAGGCCCUGCUGGUGCUGCUGAAGAAGGCCCCGCCUCGCGGCCGCAAGCUUCUGAUCAUCGGCACCACCAGCCGUAAGGACGUCCUCCAGGAGAUGGAGAUGCUGGACGCCUUCAGCACCACCAUCCACAUCCCCAACAUCUCCAGCGGGGAGCACCUGGUGGAGGCCCUGGAGCUGCUGGGAAACUUCACAGACAAGGAGCGAGCCACCAUCGCCCAGCAGGUGAAGGGCAAGCGCGUGUGGAUCGGAAUCAAGAAGCUGCUGAUGCUCAUCGAGAUGUCCCUGCAGAUGGACCAGGAGUACAGAGUCAGCAAGUUCCUGUCGCUGCUCAAGGAGGAGGGCGCGUUGGACGAGGCCAAUCACAUCCGAAUUUAGGCCCCCUCCCCCACCCACCCCCCGAUGUAGUGGCUAACAGACGCUGUCACUUAUGAGACCGCAGCUUCUUCGAAUAGAGUCACCGGACCAGCGCCCGUCCCGCCAGGAGAGCCAACCCGGAGGGAAACCAGGGGUUCGGACAAAAAAAAAAAGAAAAAAACGUUCCCUCCUUCCCAAACACGGAGAAACAGACCUCUCCUCUUCUGCACUAUUAGUCCUAGUCCUCUCUGCAUGUUUUCAAUGGUAACCAUAGCAACCCCGACUCCACCGUCAUAUCAAAAGAUGCGUACACACGCUGGUUAAUCACGGAGUGCCCGUCUGGAGUGCUGAUGCAGUGUGUCCCGUGUGUAAAUGCAGUCUCGAUGGUGUGUGCUGUGCAUUGUGCUUUGCCUGCCUAGCCGUGUCAUUCACUUUCUAUAUAGGUUAUGCUUUUAAACAGUCUUUACGUAUAGGCCCAUAGAUGUGCUCUUUGUGUACGUAUAGUGGAUAUAUGAGAAGUGCUGUACGUAGCGUGUAUAUGCGUUCCCGUCAUGCGUAUUUAUUUAUAUAUUUUUGUAUAUAAUAUAUAUAUAUUAUUUCAAAAAAUUAUAUAUAAAAUGCUUAGGAUGGAUAAUUAUAUUAAGUGCUGUCUCCUAAAUUCUUUCUCAGUUUACUGUGUCUGUGUUUUGUGCGUGCGUCGGUGUGUGAGAGAGAGAUAAACAAUACUUGUGUCCUUGUAAAUAGAGCUGAUGUACGUUGUGGUCUUGCAGGAGCACCAAGCAGUUUACCUCCUUUAAAAGGAAUAAGUCAUACAAGAAUAGCUGUUGUGUCCUUGAAAUCUCUUCUGUGACAUUUUGCGUUUCCAGUGCAGAAUAACUGUGUGUGUGUGUGUGUGUGUGUGUGUGUGCAAGAGAGAGGGAAUACGGCUUGGGCAUAUGUGAAUGUCAGUGUACUUGUGUGGUUUUGCUAGUAUUGUUGCGUUAGAUGGAAGUGUUAAUGCAGUGGCUGGCACAAAAGUAACAUUGCUUGGCAUGAUGGUAGUAAUGAGUGCUCGUCGUUGUCCACGUGUCCUAGACAGUAUUACUGUAGUCUGUGCGCUUCCUGUUGGCGUGGGUGAGGUAGGAGUCCACAGCAGGGUCCUUCCUGUCACAUGAUCCCCUCCCACAGGAAGAGAUGAGGUAAAUUGUUGACCAUUACUCCACGAAAGCAGAUCAGAGUGAUGAGAAUGCAUUCCUUUAAUAAAAAAUCCAAAGCACUUAACACUACAUGAGGGGUGUGGUCCCCUCUCUUUCGCUUUGAGGUCGAACCCGUGUCCGUCCACUAAACGAGCAGCUGUUGACAGCACGCCCUCUGAAAAGUAGGGUGAGCGUCAGCAUUUGAUUAUUUGUGUACUUUCUGCAUUUAUUUAUUUAGAUGUUUUAAUCGAUUUUAAUCGUUAGCGUACGACGUGGGUCCGCUUACAUGUAAAAUCCGAAGGCGUUUUCUGAUGGCGGCGUGGCCUAGCUCGUCCGCGCGCGACUCCGUCCCAUGUGAGUUGGCACUACGCCCCCGCCCCCCCGCUCCCCCUAACCCCCCGCUCCCCUUUUCUCCCAGAGGCCAUAGAAAAGGGGGAAGAGCAGAGAAUGGGGCACCCCCCCCCCUUGGAGGGUGGCACAGAACCCUCUCUCCUUCUCUCUUCUCCCUCCUGCUGUGAGAUGGUGUGAUCCGUGUGAAUGCCACUGUUGUGUACCCCGCACCAGUCCACCACCCCCCACCCGCAACCCACCAACCCCCCCCCCGCCCCCCCCGUCCCCACCCCUCCACCCCUCCAAAAACGCUGUGCAGAAUCCGGAUUAAUGGUCAGGUAUCCUGUUUAGUCUGGUAAUUUUGGGGGAAAGAGUGUGCUCUGCCUCUCCCCCUUCACUGUGCGUGUGGGUAAUCUCAGUCAAAACCGUAGUCGUUCGUGCUCAUUGCCGUUUACACACACUGAACGCCCUGCAAUGUGCUUUCAUGUGUUUUUCUUCCCUCUGCCGAAAAGUAUCAAAAGUAAAAGCCAGUCUCAACCUGAUGUAAUAUUUUAUUUAUUUAUUUACUUAUUUAUUUAUUUAUUUCUUUCUUUCUGUAUUUUUUCAUGUGAACAUGUGCUUGUUGUUCAAGGCUCUUUGUUAUGACUAUUCAAGAUGUAUGGCAAGAUGCAGAUGAAUUAUUGCAAUAAAAGCACAGAUACACCCGUGAAA